UCGUACAAGAUAUGCCCCCUAAACCUUGAAAAAUCAAAACAAUAAACUAAGAGUUGAUACGUCUAAUAAUGCAUGUACAAUACCUAAACUUUUCCAUCAUAGUGAAAAUUUGAAAGUUCUUGUCCCAUUUGAUUCAAUUUGAAUCGCUACUCUAUUUUCUUGAAUGAGAUUUUGUCUGAAAAACCUGUUUUACGUCACAAAAUACUGAAAAUUCGAUGUGAGCGGAAGCAAGAACCGCGAUCAUACUUUGGGUACAAGAAAAUUCAAAUAUCAUUGACUGAUGAUAAAAAUAUGAACGUGGUUCUCUCCUCCGCUCAUGUGUUUAUUUUGAAAAUAAUGACAAAAAAAUCGAUCGGGGAAAUAUUGAUCGAGAUUAUUCCGGAAUUGUCGGAAAUCCUUUUGUAGCGAAUUCCCGAGUGUGUUGUUUAUUCCUUAAACAUAAAAUCAAUACAACGAAUAAAAAAUCAGUUCGCUAAUAUAACAGAAUCAUUUUAACUGUAGAUAAAUUGUAUAAUUAAAGCAGUAAGCGUUUUGAUAGGUUUUUCUUUUACGCUGCCUAGCUUACUUCCGGUGUUAUUUUGGCGGUCGAAACAAGUUGUCUGCUGCAACAUACAUUACAUUUUGUGACGAUGAAGCUUUGCGCUAUCACUGCAAUAUGCCGAUAUGCCCAAGUCAUACAAAUGUGCUGUUUGUGGUAGGACACAUUUGAAGCAGAGGCGACCUAUCAAAACAAAAGAGCUGAAAAGAUAUGUGACUAAAUUAAUCAACAGAGAAAUUCAUAUUGAUGAUGUGAUUUGUAAUAAGUGUAGAGCUCAGUACAGUAAAACUGUGAUUAAAUCAGAAAAGACACAAAAAGAAGCGUCCCUCAUUGAAGGUGUUAUAUCAGAGGAGGAGGACUCAAAUUUUUUAGUCAAUAUUGAAACUUCAACUGCAGAACAUUUGCAAAGUCCCAAGAAUAUAACAUUAAAAGUUCACUCGACUACAUCCUCUCAUAAGUACUGUGUAAUUUGCAAAGAAUAUCUCAGCAAAGGAAGAAAAUCAUCUGUUGUACCUUUAAAUGCCAGAACACAAUCAUUUAUCGAAAAAGGAAUAUUCAUAAACAGCAAAGCACGUUGUUGUGUUAAUCAUUUGAUUAACAAAUUAUUUACAAAGGAAUCACUGAAGCUACUAAAAUCCAAAUAUAUAGAAACUUCAUUCAACAGAACUGAUAUUGUAACUUUAUUGGAAAAUGUAAGAAAAACUUUGGCCCUCUCCAGUUGCUUAAACUUUGAGAAUGUGCAUCUAUUAUCAGACAGUGUAUGUUACAGUUUAACUGGAAUUACAAAAGAAAACUUUGAAGACAUUGUAUCCCAUUUAUCAACUUUGAGAAACAGCAGUGUUCGGACAAUCAACACCUGUGUUGCCAUUUUACUGACAAAGCUCAGAACUGGUUUGCCAAACCAUCUAUUGGGUGUUAUAUUUUCUCUCUCCAAAGAUCAGAUUCAGAGAUGUAUUCACAGUGGAAGGAAUUGUUUGAUGAAAGAUUUUGUACCCCUACACAUUGGAUUUCAACAUAUAUCACAUGAAGAUUUUGUUUCCAGGCAUACUACACCUCUUUCCAAACAAUUAUUCUCAAGUCAUGAUGAUGAUGCUGCAAUUAUUGUCUUGGAUGGCACCUAUGUGUACAUCCAGAAGAGCUCAAACUAUACCUUCCAAAGGAUGUCAUAUAGCUUGCAUAAACAUAGACCCUUAGUUAAACCUAUGGUCAUUGUCGGAACUGAUGGUUAUAUUUUGUCCAUUUUGGGACCUUACUAUGCGAAAAACAAUGAUGCCUUAAUCACAAAACAUAUUCUGAAAACUAAUACUGAUGGAAUGAAAUCCUGGCUGAAUGAUAAUGAUAUUUUCAUAGUAGACCGAGGAUUUAGGGAUGUGUCUGGAUAUCUCAUUGAGGAGGGAUAUGAAGUAAAAAUGCCACAAUAUCUUCAAAAAGGCAACAGUCAGCACAGCACAGAAGAGGCUAAUACAAGUAGACUUGUGACAAAAGUGAGAUGGGUAGUUGAAAGUGUCAAUGCAAGGAUUAAACAAUGGAAAUUCUUUGAUAAAGUAGUUUCCAACCAUUACAUACCAUACAUUGGCGAUUUUCUACGUAUCGUUUGCGCAUUAUUUAACUGCUACCGUCCACACUUGGCAGACAUGGAUUCUUCCUCUAAAGAAAUAGCAAAGAAAAUGUUGGAGAGAAGUCUUAAGGGAAAUGAUGUUCAGAAAAUGGUUGAAGAGGAAGGACUGCUAAGAAAAAGAUCUGUUUUCAAAAAAGUUAAUAUGAACACCAGUGAUACUGCAGUUCCCUUGCCUGAAUUUCCCAUAUUGUCUAUGGAAAAGCUGAGAGAAAUUACAUUUGGAAUAUAUCAGUUAAAAGAGGCAAAAAACUAUGUCUUGGAUAAUUUUACAGAAGAUCAGUUUGAAGUGUUUGUGUGCAAUUCAGUUGAAAACCUACUGAGAGUAAAACUGAGAUCAAGACAUUCUAACAGUGUCCGCCACACAGCGUUCAUCCAUUUUACUUUAGAUGGCGAAAUUAGUGGCUGGUACUGCACAUGCAAAGUAGGGGCACGUGUUGUGGGAUGCUGUGCCCAUGUAGCCAGUGUCCUCUGGUAUCUUGGAUACUUUCGCUUUCUAGGAACUCAACUUCAUCCUUUGAAGUUUCACGGUAGUAUGACUGAUGCCAGCCUCCUUCCAGAAACGGACAGUGAAAGUGAGAGUGAGGAAAUCCCCGAAGAGUGAAGUUGAAGACAUGUUGCAUGGUUAUAGUAUUUGCAUUUAUGUAUGUAUCUUACUGUAUACCGGAACAUGAUAAUCUUAUUGUGAUAAUUACUGAUUUCAACUGUUAACUGUGCUGAAAAGAAUUCUUUGUCAAAAAUUAGUACACAAGUAUAUUAUCGGCUUGACUUUUGUGUAUGCAUAUUGAAUACAAGUUAAAUGUGCGCAACAUCCUACAUCUAUUUCUUAUUUAAUGUAGUGUUAUAUAUCUCUAAAUCUCCAUCUACAAUUGUAUACAUUCAUAUACAUGUAAAAUGUUACUAUCUAGUAAAAAAAAAAAGAUAACAUUUUUGGGCAACUCAUGUUGUUAAUCUCCUUUGUGGGCGGUAUGAUUGGCCAGAAAUGUUCAUCUCUUUUUUUUUUACAAGUAUACUAGAUGUAACUUCACACAAUGUUUUUCUUCUGUGCUAAAUGUUCUGAAAUCUACAUUUAGAUAUUUUUAAAUUGUAGGUAUAUUUUUUUAAAACAUUUUGUUUGGAAGUUCCCUUUUUUAAUAUUCUGAUAUCAAAUUAUUUACAAUAAGGAUUGAGGUUAUAUUCCAUAUUUUAAGGACAAAAAGAUAUUCAUGUGUAUUAUAAUUAGGCCUUAUUUUUUAAGAAAUAUGUAAUUUAUAUGAAGUGUUGGUGGGGUUUAUGGGUUAAGAUUGUUUUCAUCAGUUUAAAUUCAGAGCAUAACGGGAUUGUGCAGAACAGGAUGCGAUCCUCUGGCGCAGGUGAAACACACUCGUAACAUCGCAAGUCACUGGCGUAGUUGAAACAUACUCGUAAACUUGGCCUGCUGCAAAAUCCGAGCUUGCUGUUAAAAUAAUUACAAUAUUUCAUAAUUCUAAAGAGAGUUGGGUUUAUCAUUAUAGCAGGUCAUACAUUUCUAUCUGUCAAAAGCAUGAAAUGCCAUACUUAAUUUGUUAAAUAUAGAGUUGUAAUACAGUGUAUAUUGUAAUAUACCUGUAAUUGUAUAUAAUGUAUAAAAACAUGAUUUCUUAAAAUUAAUCUAUUACAACUUUACUGAAAAUUAACACAUGUUGUAGAGAUGUUGUAAAAUUCAAUUCAUUUGUCACAGUAUUGUUAGCAUGUGUAGCAGAUACUGUUGAAAUGAAAUGUAAUUGUCAUAUCAAGAAUUUUUUAUACAAGACAUCACUUGACAUUAUUAGUUAAUUUUUAGUCUGAAUAGAGACGCAUGAUUUUUUUGGAAAAGAACAUGAUUUUACUUCUAAAAAACAUUCAAUAUUUUGACAAGUUGCAAUUUCUUUGGUGUUAUCAAGGUAAUAUUUUUGUAGCCAACUCAUACAGUUGAUUUGAUCUUUUGUGGGUUGCAUGAUUGGCCCAAUACAUGUAUGUUCAUUUCGCGUUUACAGUGCACAUAUGUACACGUAAUCGUUAUAUGUAUUUGCUAAUGUACAUGAAUGUACCAUCAAUUUUGUUGAUAGAACGAUACAUUCUGUUGAUUAUUUAAUUUAUAUGUAGCUUGUUGUGAAGAAUUAGUUGAUGUGUAUACAACAUGUGUACAUGUACAAUCACAAUGUUGUUGGUCACAAUAACACGAUUUACUUUAAUAUGAAAAGUACAUGUUAUGUGUGCUUGCUAAAGUUAUAAUAUGUGAAGUAUAAUGGGUGAUACUAAUUUUUACAUGUAUUUCAUCCAUGUUUGUAAGCACUUUAGUGAGAUAUGUACAAAUCUUUGUUACAUGUACAAGUAAAUGUACAAAUCAUUGGAUUUAAAUUAUAAUAAAUGAUAUUAUUUUGUACAUUAUAUUAUCUCUCUGUGAACACUUAAAUAUUUUGGAACAUGUAGCUAGGAAACAUGGACAUUUCAAUACACACACACAUAAAUAUAUUAUAAGAAAAAAAAUUGCUGCAAUGUUAAAUACUAGUUAGUUUUAAACUUGUACAUGCUGUUUGUAUUUGGACUAAAAUAUAUAAUAUAUUUAACUGGUUACUGAGAAAAUGCAUUGAAUAAAUGAAUUUCUGAAUUUAAAUUACA